UUGGGUAAUACAAAAUAGUGUUAAUUUGAGCAUUUAACUAUAAAGAGAUUAACAUGGCAUAACAAUAAAAAAUUAAAUAACAUGUGAAAAUAAGCCAUAUUUCAGCCCUAGGUUAAUUUUCAUCUGCAGUCCCCUGGCAGGAAACUUACUGAAAGUACAUAAAUAAAAGAAAAUAAUUAAUAAAGAAUACGUCGUAUUUUUUGAUGAUAUAAUAGUAAAAACUUUUUCCAAUUAGAAAAAAACGAAACAUAAGUUAAAACACACAAGUAUAAUUGCUCAUAAGUCUUGUUCUUUAUCUGUGGGCUGUGUUUACCUUUGCGCAGUUUACAAAUCUGUCAGGAAAAAAAAUCAGCCAAUCAACUCUAUGAAUUCACGCUAAAUAAACCAAACAGUGACGUCAUCCUAACGGACGUGAAGAACGGCGCGUGUGUCAUUACAUCGGACAACUGCCGAGGGCGGAUAACCGGUUUACUCGCUUUUCUGUUCUACUCCUCCCUUAAAUGAUGUGCCACAACAACAACAAAACGAACGCACCCUCAGUUUAAACUCUUUUCUACAGUAGCCAAUCAGCGUGUUUUACUACAGCCUCGCUCCGCCGCGGACCAAUCAGCUUCGAGGUUUCCUUUGUUGUUGGUGGUGACAUGAAAAUAUUGUUGUUGCUGCUGAAGGCUGCGGCAGGAGGCGGACAGUCAGGCGGAGAUCACCUCUGGUUGAUUCGAGGGGACAAGUUUAUUUUGCUUUUGUUUUUUUAUUUAUUUUUUUUUUUAAUACAAACGCAGCUUGGCGUUGCGGGGGACGCAGCUAUGUCGGUGAAUAUGGACGAACUCCGGCAUCAAGUGAUGAUCAACCAGUUUGUUUUGACGGCGGGCUGCGCCGCGGAUCAGGCGAAGCAGCUCCUGCAGGCGGCCCACUGGCAGUUUGAGACGGCGCUAAGCUCCUUCUUCCAGGAGGCCAACGUCCCGGGACACCACCAGAUGAUGUGCACCCCCAGGAACACCCCCGCCACGCCGCCCAACUUCCCGGACGCCAUCACCAUGUUCUCCAAGCUGCGAGCUUCUGAGUGUGGCGGCGGCAGCGGCCCCCCUUCGCAGGCGUCCAUGGCGUGCUCCCCACCGGCCGCCUCCUCUUCCUCCACGUCGGGUUUCGGCUCCUUCUGGGCCUCCUCGCCCCCCAGCCACCAGCCCUCGUGGCUGCCCCCGUCGUCCCCCACGGGCCACCACCUGCACCACCACUUCCACCACAUGCAACAGACUCCACUGUGGCCCCCCGUGACUCAGCCCGCCGGCCCCCAGCAGCCCGCCGUCGUUUCUGCAGUCCACGCUCAGAGAUGAGGCUGACAUGAGGGGCGGGUGGGAGGGGCUUAAUGCACAGAAGAACAUGGGGGGUGGGGGGUCAUGCACCCCCGUGACUAUCAGCACUUACAAAGGAGAGGAACCAUGUGACCGUCAACGCCCCCCCCCACGUCUGUGCCUCACUUCUGCUGCUGCGGCGGGUCGGACAGGAAGUCCGUCAGCAGCAGCAGAGAAAUCCAGAACUGAACUUCCUGUUUGUCUCAAUCUGGAGCUGUGGAGUUUUUUUUUUUGUUUGUUUUGUUUUUUGUUUCUUUUCCAGCUGAUGUGAGUUCUUCGGGUUCCGACCCGAAGCUCGGUCGGCAACGACCAGAACGGGUCUCACAGAUGUGACGUGUGCAGGAAUGUGAAGGAGCUCCUGUAGGUUUGGACGACGAGUCUGUAAACGGAACAAUAAACCUGCAGCGUUUUGAUGGCGCCUGUCAGCCACUCCUACACGUCUAAUAAAGACUUCCAGCUUCA